GCCUACAUUCUUCCCAUAUCCAAACAACUCGGUGAAAUCGGAGGAUUAGCCAUCGAUGGGAAAGGUCAUCUCGUCGCUUUCCAUCGCGCUGAACGUGAAUGGGAUGCUAAGUAAUUAUUUAGCUUUGCACAUAACUAUAUGUUGACG